UAACAGUCCCGGCGGGAGCCGGAAGCCCAGCGCGGAGUGGGCCGUGCCUUGGCCCCCUGUUGUGCCGCCGCGGAGAGGUGCAGUCAUGCAGGAAAACCUCAGAUUUGCCUCAUCGGGAGAUGAUAUUAAAAUAUGGGAUGCUUCAUCUAUGACAUUGGUGGAUAAAUUCAACCCCCACACAUCACCACAUGGAAUCAGCUCAAUAUGUUGGAGCAGCAAUAAUAACUUUCUAGUGACAGCAUCUUCCAGUGGCGACAAAAUAGUUGUUUCAAGUUGCAAAUGUAAACCUGUUCCACUUUUAGAGCUUGCUGAAGGGCAAAAGCAGACAUGUGUCAGUUUAAAUUCUACAUCCAUGUAUUUGGUAAGCGGAGGCCUUAAUAACACUGUUAAUAUUUGGGAUUUAAAAUCAAAAAGAGUUCAUCGAUCUCUUAAGGAUCAUAAACAUGAAGUAACUUGUGUAACGUACAAUUGGAAUGAUUACUACAUUGCUUCUGGAUCUCUUAGUGGUGAAAUUAUUUUACACAGUGUAACCACUAAUUUGUCUAGUACUCCUUUUGGCUAUGCUAGUAAUGAGUCUGUACGGCAGUUGAAGUACUCCUUGUUUAAGAAAUCACUACUGGGCAGUGUUUCCGAUAGUGGACUAGUAACUCUCUGGGAUGUGAAUAGCCAGAGUCCGUACCAUAAGUUUGACAGUACACACAAAGCUCCAGCUUCAGGCAUCUGUUUUUCUCCUGUCAAUGAAUUGCUAUUUGUAACCAUAGGCUUGGAUAAAAGAAUCAUUCUCUAUGACACUUCAAGUAAGAAGGUAGUGAAGACUUUAGUGGCUGACACUCCUCUAACUGCAGUAGAUUUCAUGCCUGAUGGAGCCACUUUGGCUAUUGGAUCUUCCCGUGGGAAAAUAUAUCAGUAUGAUUUAAGGAUGUUGAAAUCACCAGUUAAAACCAUCAGCGCUCACAAGACAUCUGUGCGAUGUAUAGCAUUUCAGUACUCCACUGCUCUUACUAAGUCAAGUUUAAAUAAAGGCUGUUCAAAUAAGCCCACAGCAGUGAACAAACGAACUGUGAAUGUGAGCUCUGCUAGUGGAGGAGUUCAGAAUUCUGGAAUUGUCAGAGAAGCAACCGCCACUUCUGUUGCCACAGUUCUGCCACAGCCCAUGACAACAGUUGUGGGGAAGGGAGCGGCUGCUGUUCAAGACAAAGCAGGUUUGCCUCGAAACAUAAAUACAGAUAUUUUAUCUAAGGAAGCAGACGGUGGAAAAAAUCAGGAUUCCUCCAGCUUUGAUGACACUGGGAAAAGUAGUUUAGGUGACAUGUUCUCACCUAUUAGAGAUGAUGCUGUAGUUAACAAGGGAGAUGAAGAGUCAGUAGGCAAAGGAGAUGGUCUUGACUUUCUGCCACAAUUGAACUCAGUGUUACCUCCAAGAAAAAAUCCAGUAACUUCAAGCAGUUCAGUAUUGCAUUCUAGUCCUCUUAAUGUCUUUAUGGGAUCUCCAGGGAAAGAAGAAAAUGAAAAUCAUGAUCUGACAGCUGAGUCUAAGAAAAUAUAUCUGGGAAAACAGGAACCUAAAGACUCCUUCAAACAGUUUGCGAAGUUGAUCACCUCUGCUGCUGAAACUGGAAAUUUAAAUAACUCUCCAUCGUCUAACCAAACAAGAAAUUCUGAGAAAUUUGAAAAGCCAGAGAAGGAAAUCGAAGCCCAGUUGAUAUAUGAACCCCCAGCCAAUGGAUCCUCAACUCCAAAUCCAAAGAUAGCGUCCUCUGUCACUGCUGGAGUUGCCAGUUCACUCUCAGAAAAAAUAGCUGAUACCAUUGGGAACAACCGGCCCAAUGCACCAUUGACAUCCAUUCAAAUCCGUUUUAUUCAGAACAUGAUACAGGAAACACUGGAUGACUUCAGAGAAGCAUGCCAUAGGGACAUUGUGAAUUUGCAAGUGGAAAUGAUUAAACAGUUUCAUAUGCAACUGAAUGAAAUGCACUCUUUGCUGGAAAGAUACUCAGUGAAUGAAGGUUUAGUGGCUGAAAUUGAAAGACUGCGAGAAGAAAACAAAAGACUACGGGCCCACUUUUGAAAUUUCAGUGAAUACCGUAAUGUUUUGUGACUUGGGAAGUUUAUGUCAACAUAGGACUACACAGAAUCAGUAUUGUUUUCAUGGCCUCUAGGGAAAAAUUUUUUUUUUCAAGUAAAGGGGUGAUGGGAUUUUACACCAACCACUAUUUCAUCUUUUCUGUCAAAUAUAUUUAUAUUUUUAUAUUAAAAACUACAAUGUCAUCUGCCUAAUAAGAGUCAACAGAAUCUUUAUUUUAUGAAAGCCUUAGCUAUACACUAAGUGCCCUUUUUCUUAAGAAAAUUGUGCAUAAAAAUGUAUAUUUUUACUGACAAAUUGUCUUACAAACUUAUUUGGGUAGUUGAGAUUUGAAGAAUUUGAUAUGCCUUCUAUUUUUAUGGAGAAAGUAAUUUUAAAAUGGCAAUUGUUGUUUCUAAGCCACUGAGUAAUAAAGCACAGGGUUAGCUAAUGACUAUUUUGUUAACUUGAUGAAGUCAAGUAUGAGUAUUAUUUAUUGUACAUUUGAUAAGGCAAUUUUUAGAUUUUGAAUUGCAUAAAUUACAUUAUAUCUUUUGCAUUUAUGUCACCAUAUUGUACUUCUGACAAGUCUUUACACCUGAGUGGUAUUUUUUUUAGCUAACUUUACCUAUAAAAAACUUUUAAGGGUUUGUAAGACUCAAUAAGAGCUGUAUCUGCUGAUUAUGUCAAGAGUUAACAUGUAAAAUUAUACUGUAAAGUUUCAAUCAAUAUGACUCAAUUUAUAAUCAGUGAAAACUUCAUAUUAGAUACUAAAUAUGAUAUAGUAUUAUUGUCAUUUUGUUCUCCCAAGUGAGAAGUAUGGAUUAUUUUGUUUUAUGGUUUGUAUCAUUAACUUUCUCUAAUACUUUUGUACACUGUACAUAAUAUUUUUAUAUUACUGGCCUUACCAUAAAAUUAUUCAGAAAGGGUAAUUGUCAAAAGAAUUUACACCUCUUUGGCAAUAGGCAGAUAUAUACAUCUACCUGCUGUGAUCUGCAGUUUUAGGUGGUACAGGGUUAGGAGACCUACUGACUUGUUUACCUUAUUGUCUCUUGUCCCAAAGAUUUAAACUCUGUACCUUGUAUAUAGCUUUCCUGCCCAAUUUUGACUCCUGAGAUGAAAAUAUUUACCAAAAUAAAAAAAAAAAUCUAGCUUAGGUUACUAACUAUGGUUUUCCAAAGUAAUGGAAAAUUUUAAGGGUAUAUUUAAUAAGUGUAAACAUACUAAUAAUCACUUCUAAAAAUAAAAGCAGGAGUUUUACUUUUUCCCAGUGUGGCUCAUAGAAUACAUUAGUAUUGAAGCAUAAAGGGAUAUUAAUGUGAUCUUUUCCUGACAGAUUAUGAAAGCAUUAUGACUUGUAACAAGUUUCCUUAUAUAUCAGGUAUCAAACAGAUUUAGAAGACAUAAAUAUUAGUGUGUUUUGCCUACAUGCUGUAUUUUAAAUCUAUUAAUAUUUUCAUAUUGCCUUUUUAAAAAAUAAAUGCACAUGUGUAUCAAAAGAGGUGGGAUAAAUAAAACAAUUUUAAUAAUUUCAUGUGUAUAGAAGAAACUUCUGUGAUGGAAUUUAAAAGCUGAGUACAAAAAAUAAAAUUUUAUAUGC